AUGAAGCCAAUGGUGAAACCAGCUCUUCAGAUGAUGAGCUCUUCAGAGAGGAAAAAGGAAAUUGAGAUUAGAGACCUCAUGAUGUCCAAAACAUCUUUUUUUCACUGUGAGAACGACCAAAAGAAGGCCCAUGCAAUUCAAGCACAGUCAACCCCUGCUGCCCAGAAUGAGGACCAACAGAAAAUCCAGAGCAUUAAGGCUAAAGGAAAAAAGUACCGCAAGAAUAUUCCAGUUGACAAAGUAGUAGAGAUGGUGCAUGCUGACACAGAAUAUGAAGAGAACACUUUUGAUAACAGCAUAGUCCCAGACUCCCAACCUGUGGUAAAAGGUAGCUCAAUUUCACCGGGUCUCUGGAACUCCAGCAAAAUGAGAAUCUCUGUAUCUGGAUCACUGCUGGAAAAAGAUAGAUCUAAAAAAUGCUCUGUAUCAGAUGGUAGUUCUCAUCCCCCACCUCGGCGCCUGUCCCCGGCACAGUGUGCAUCGAAAACCCUGACCCAUAAUCAGCUGCAAACCCAGCUCACUCAGAGAUUGGAGGAAGUGCUGAAGAAGCAGCAGGGUACAGAUGGCCAUGCAACCCAGAGAGGCUCCUCACUGGAGCCCAGAACUGCAAGUCAAGAGAAAGAGAAAGUGGAGAAAUCAGUGAGGUCCAUGCCUGCUAGACCUACACAACAGAGAGGGAAGAGUAGCAAAGUUAAGGGCGAUGCAUCAGACCUUGAGAAUGUGACUUGUGGAACAGACAGUAUGGUGAAGAUGAUUUCGAGUCAUUAUAAAAUAAGUGCCAAAGCAGCGUCCCCUGACCCUGGCGCCCAGUUUGCAUCUACAAACAGAUAUCUGUUCAAAAAGAGUAGCCAUCCAUCAUCCACUGAGAAAACUGCUGCCAAGAGUUCAAGUUUGCUUAAAUCCAAGAGACCAACCCAGAAGCUUGAGGAUAUUUAUGCAUUUACAGAGGACACGCCAACAAUUAGUGUGAGAAAGAAAUCCUCUGAUUCAUCGCGAGUGGAAAGCAGUGCACUAAGUAAUUCUCCAGCUUUCUCCAAGUCUGCUAGGAAGCUCCCAAAGGUUGCUGCGACAAAUGUGAAUAAACACCUGUUCAGUGAUACGGACACAGACAAUAUGACAGAGGUUAGCUGGUUAAAAUCUGCCAACAGGAAACCCAAACCCAAAGUGGCAGACUACAGCCGGCAACCAGUUAAACCCACCUUUCCAUCAGCUGACUCUGCAUUUAAAUCGCCAUUUACACCUUCGCCUUCGCCAAAGCCAGUGAAAGAACAAAUCAAGCCAAAGCGGAAGAGGCAGAAGAAAGUGGCCGAGCAGGAGGAUAAACAGCAGCCAAGCAUCAAAAAUAAGAAAGCCACAGGACGACCUCAAAGAGCUGCAGCCUUGACCAAAACUUACAGAGAGCCGUCUGACUCAGACGACCAGUCCAGCCUAUCAGAGAGUGAAAAAGCACCGCCCUCUAAGAAAAAGGCAGUUGUCCGACCAGUAACGUCUCAGCAGACUGUCCCACCUCAAGCUGCAGGACGGGAACAAAAGAGAGAAAAAACAUCUGUAGAAGUAGCCAGACAACAAAGUGAGACGAAUGUGCUGAAAAAGGCAGAAAAAGCCAUUGUGAAGACUCAGCCAGAUCUGAGGAUUGAUAAAGGCAAGAAGUUGUCCGAUGCAGAGGAUCUCACGGUGAAGAAGACCUCAUCUGCUCAAAGGUCCGCCAGAAGACAGAAAGAAUCUUGGGCUGCAAGAUUAUCUUCCACAUUUGCCUCGCCUCCCUCCAUUGAGAGGAUGAGAUCAGCCGAAAAAAUAACCAACGUGAGAUCCAAUACUACACCUCUCCGUUCUCUGUCUAUCUCUCCAAUCGAUGCUGACUCUUCUCCACUAGAGCCACUCAGUCCUCUCAAAGAAAUCCAGGCCCCCUCUCGCUGUAAAACACUAGGGAAAAAAGGUGCUGUGAAACCUCCUUUCUCCAUUACACCUGUUUCCACAAGCUCCAGAGGCUGCAAGAAGAAUCGACCUACGGCUCAGGUUGAGCUGAGUCCGGUCCACUCAUUACUGACUUCAACUCAGCCCCUCGUCAUCAAAGAGAAAUGCACCCUGUCCUCCCCAAUCAUCUCUCCUGACCUCCAGGAGGAGCACAUGGGUGACAUGAACAGAACCAGCCCAGCAUCUUUUGGAAGGGGGUCUGUCAUUUCUAUGACAAUGACCCAAUCUGUGAGCAACUUUGCCAUGAUGUGCACUGAGUUAGAGAAAACACCAGCAAGCAAGCAAGGAAGUAAGGCUGAGAGACCAGAAUUCAAGUCAGGUCCAUCCUCCAUCCACCACAAGCAUCUCAUCCCAUGCCAGUCUGCUGAUUUCUCAGAGGUAGAUGAGGACAGUGAGGAGGACAAAGAGAAUAAGGCACCUUCUCCCUCUCAGAUAGCACAAAAAAUGAAGCCCAGAAAGCUGUUCAUGCCUACUGAUAAACACUGGACUCCUAGUAAGGGCCCCAAUACUAAAUUGCUGGUGAAGGAUCAGAGCAGCUCAGAGGAAGAGGAUGAGGACAUAGUCGCAGACAAUGGAAGAAGAAAGAAAAGUUACCAAAGAGGCCUGAAUAAAAGGGCCAAGGAAACAACAAUCUCCAUUGAGGAAGUGGAGACACUGUCAUCUUGUACGAGGUCCAGUUGCAGGCGUGACAGUGUGGAGGGAGACAUCGACCUGACCCAGCCUGCUCAGGAGGUGGGCUUUAUCUGCCAUCAAUUCAGCUCAGAGAUCAAGAGGAAGCUCAAGAAUCGCUGCAGGACAAUGGAUCUUUACACCAGACAGUCUUUAAAGACCUUACAGCAACACAUGUCAUCUGUCAGUGUUCAAGUACACCAGUACAGUUCUCAGAGGCUGGAGAAAGUAAAACAAGUCCUGUUGGGUGAAAUAGAAGACCUGGAGCAAGACGACAUGGCUUUAAGGAGCAUGGAGGAAGAACUGACCACUUACUGGCAAAAGCAGACCUUGGCCUUCCAUAAAUACCAAGAGAAAGGAACCAAGAGACUACAGAGGUUAAAAAGUACGGUUCAGACUGAUGCACAUGAUUGUCUAGACUAUGAGGAACAAAUCUUCUCUUUGGAGGUGUCUUUGAUGAAGAAAAACAUGAAAUCAGUUCAGGAGCGUUUCUUCAAAGAAAUGCACGAUGAAGAUUUGACAAGUGUGCGAAGAGGUCUACAGUCCUUGUUCUUCCCAGAUCCAUCCAGGUUCUGACCAGAGUAAAAAAACACCCUUUUUGAAAACUAUUUUAUAGAAGCCAUUCUUAAAAUAUGUUUGUAUGCUUUGAUGUUAUUAAUGUUAUGUUCUUUUAAAUUAAUACUAUUCAAAAGGUUGAAUUUUUUACUUUGAAUAUUCUACUUUAUGAGGUUUAUUCUGGUCUCCUUGGAAAAAAAAAUUGUUGGCUGUAUAUAGUUUUUGUGCGCAUAUUUGCUGGUGAUUUUUAAUAUGAAUAAUGAAUAGUUGUGAAAAGCUUCACUAAAAUGAAGUAAUUGUUAUAGGUGAUGUAAGAACUAAUGUAUUUAUUUGUAACAUUCCACCUCAUAAUAAUCACCUUUAGAUUUAUUUAUGUGUGCAGAAAUUAAAAAGCGGACUCUGGAUUCUUAAACCAUCUUAAGUCGAGAUAACUUUCCUUUUUUGUGUUCCCUAGCAAAGGCCUGAAUAAGCAAACCUUAUGGGUUCAAUUUAUGGGAGAAUAAAUCUGGUUGAAAAAUAAAUCCUGAAAACUUAA